AUGUUCUCCAAAGUCAUCUUCAUCGCUCUGCUGGCCAUUGCCGCUACAUCCGCCAAGCCGUUGGUUCCUCUAGGUUACAGCACCUUUGCGUCGCCCUAUGUGGCCGCCGCACCGGCCCUAUCGCUGGCCUCACCGUACGUCGCGUCCUACUCGGCACCCGUCUACACAACAGGCCCAGUCAGUGCUGCCUACACCGCCGGCCACCCUUACGUAGCUGGAUAUCCCUGGUCCACUUCGAUAGUGCUCUAG